ACCCGACCAUCAGCUGAUCAAUAUGACAAUCUGCACGCUAUUUAACUUGAAUCACGCAUUUCACUAAUGAGCAUCCGCAAUUUUUUUCUUCUUUGUUUGUGAGAGAGUGUAUUGCGGAAAAAGGAAAUGUAUUGUCAGUGCUCUCGGUGAAAGUUUUGUAGUGGUGCAAAAGAGGGAUAAGAAGAAGAAGAAGAAAAAAAAGAUUUUUAGACUUUGAGAAAAGAAAUUUAUAUUAUCCGUGUUGUGUGUCUCGUUGCUAAGUCGAAUUGAGGAAGUAAAAUUUCAAGAUAUCAUACCACCAGUUCAUCUCAGAAGCUAGAGGAAUUUGAGCAACAUUAACGCAAUAAUGAAGAGAGAGGCUGAUGCCGGAGGUAUGGCAGGUAGCGGUGGACCAAUUAGUCCCCAUAAACGCUACAGACAAGGCGAUGAUGAACUUCGUUUACUCAUCCCCAGCAAGGUUGCCGGUUCAAUAAUUGGCAAAGGAGGACAAAAUAUCACAAAACUUCGAAGCCAGUACAAAGCCUCAAUCACUGUACCCGAUUGCCCCGGACCCGAACGGGUAUUAACUAUCAGCUCAGAUCUGGAGACUGUGCUUCAGGUUUUAAAUGAAAUCGUGCCCAAUCUAGAAGAGAAUGGUUCAAGACAUGGAAAUGACGAAAUCGAUGUCCGAAUGUUGGUUCAUCAGAGUCAAGCAGGAUGUGUCAUUGGAAAAGGUGGACUUAAAAUCAAGGAACUUCGCGAGAAAACUGGCGCAAGAAUUAAAAUCUAUUCCAACUGUUGUCCACAUAGUACAGACCGGCUGAUAAGCAUUUGUGGCAAAGCUGACACAUGCAUGGAUUGCAUUCGCGAAUUGAUCGCCACUAUUAAGACUUCUCCACUGAAGGGUGUUAACAAUCCUUACGAUCCGCAUAAUUAUGACGACUUCUAUGCAGACGAAUAUGGCGGUUAUGGUAAUCCAGAUGGGAAUCAAGGUGGUAAAUCAGGUGGAUUUGGAGGUGGAAUGGGCCGUGGAGGCGGCGGCGGUGGAGGAGGUGGUGGCGGUGGAAUGGGACAACGACGAGAUGGACGUGGUGGAGGUGGCAUGCCAGAUAUGAAUCGAGGCUUUCCACCAUCUCGAGGUGGACCACGUGGAGGUGGAAUGUCUGGACCACCUGAGCGCAAUUAUGGCGGUAAUUCACGCGGUGGAGGUGGCAGUGGAGGCGGUGGAAAUUAUGAAGGUGGCCGAGGUGGAUAUAAUGGAAACAGAGGUGGACCACCAUACGGCGGUGGUGGAAACUUUAAUGGCAAACCCAGUAAGGAUAGGCAAAAUAAUGGUUGGGGUGGAAUGCAAGGCGGUGGUUCAAAUGGUAUGGGUGGGGGAAAUUCAGGAAUGGGAGGACCCAUGGGUGGAAAUCAAGGAAACCAAGGAAAUAUGUCCGGUGGAAACAAAACCAGUACACAAGUUACUAUUCCCAAAGAAUUGGCAGGAGCCAUAAUUGGUAAAGGUGGAGCAAGAAUUCGUAAAAUUAGAUCCGACAGUGGUGCCGCCAUCACCAUUGACGAGCCUUUGCCUGGAAGUAAUGAUCGUAUUAUCACCAUUACUGGAUUACCGAACCAAAUACAAAUGGCUCAGUAUCUUCUUCAGCAAAGUGUACACGAGAACGCUGAGAACUACUAAAAAAGGAGACGAAUGGUCUGGCAUGCGGGAGCCAAAGACGCGUUUGUAAAACAUUUUUUAACAAGAUUUAUUUCAUAUUCGACAUAAUUGAAAAAAAAUGAAUGAAACAAAAAAAAAAAGAUAAAGAAAACAAGAUUAACAAUAAGACGAUGAAAGGCAUAUCUGUGUGCAUUUUUUUGUACACAUUUGUGUACAUGGAAUUAGAUGUGCAAAGAGAAAUCUUUUUGGUUUUUUUUUUUUUUUUUUAUUUGUUUUGUUUUAAAUGAGAAAGAAAAUGAAACAAACAUUAGUAUGUUAUAAUUGUUAACAAUUAACGAUAACUGACGACCGAAAAUAAUUUUGAUAAAAAAAAAAAAAGAUACAAUGUCAGUAGCAUUGUAAUUUAUAAAGAAAUACUGACUUAUCUUUUUACGUAUCGGAUAUGACUGAUAUCGUGGGAAAUCCUUUAUAAUUAGUUUAGUUUUAUUGUUCACUUUUUAUUGUCUGUCACACCAUGUUUUUUUUGAUUAUGAAAAAAAAUCCAAGAAUUAUUUUUUAAUUGUCACAAAGAUGAAUACAUUUCUUUUCUUUAUAUACAUUUUUUU